AAUUAUAAAUGUUCUUAUUCGUUAUUACAUUUAAAAGAGAAAUACACAGAUUUUCACAAUUUUCUUGAAAAGGAAAUUUUAAACAAUAAAAUGUUGCUUGUAGUAAAAGCUUGUGUUUUAUCCAUUAUACUUUUGAAUUUUGCAUAUGCAGAUGAUGAUAUCAAAUAUGAAAUGUUUUUUGACAAAUUGGAUUUGGCCAAAGGAAAAGACAUCUUAGCUGCAAGUGAACUUAAAAUCGAAAAAACUGGAAAAACUAAUUUCAUUUUCAGUGGAAUUGUUGAACAUUUCAAAGAAUUUAAUGACGAUUGGACGAUAGCUUUAAAAAUAUCCAAAUCUGAUACAGCCGAUGGUGAAUAUCGCUCAUUGAUAGAUUAUCCAAUCACAGGAAAAAAAGGAGUUUGUGCGGCCCUGAAAAAUGAAUAUAAGAAGUAUUUCUAUGACAGUAUCAAGGAUUGUUCUACGGCACCGCACUUCGAUUUGUGUCCUUUGAAGGAAGCUAAAUAUAGUUUUGAUAAAUGUUCUUUCGAUGCAAGUGUUUUCGAAAAAUAUCUAAGUAAAGGUUAUUAUAUUUUUAAAGUUUUCAUAUCACAUUUGGAAGAAAGUGAUUUGGUUGAAUACGAUUUAUUUGCCCAUUUGGAAGAUGUAAAAUAAAAGGAUAAUUAUCAUUUUAUUUUACGAAAUACAUUUCAAAAGAUGAGUUUUCAUAACCAAUUUAGAAAAAAAAAUAAAAAACAGUGAAUGUAUUAUGCACAAAAUUGAAUACAGUUUUGCAAAGCUAUAGUAUUAUUUCUUACAAAAGAUAAAACGUAUAUCUUUAAAAUGCUGGUGAAGGCACGAAAUCUGUUUUUAUCUUAAAUUUAAUUCAAAAUGGAUUUUAAUGUUAUACAAAUUGUUUUACUUUAUUUAAUUAUAAUACUUAAAAACUUUAAAUUAAAUUGUGUUUUCUAUUAGAUUUUUUUUUGAUAAUUUUGCAAAAUGUGGAACUUUAAAGAUACAAAUUUGAUAAAAAGUCCAAAAACAAAAAUUCUACAAUCCUGAACUAAAAUUUUAUUACAUUCUUUUCCGACAAUUUUUAGGGCAAUUUUUUGAGAUAUGCACUGAAACCUAUUUUUUUAAUAAUUUAAAUAAAACUGAAUUCUAACCCCUUUCAA